ACUGGCGGUGGCGAUCAGAAAACUACGAGUCCCGGGAGUGUGUGCGGCCGCCGAGCCCCGGUGUAGAGUGGAACACGCUGACAGCUGCUCAGAACCAUGCCUCGGGCCCGGAGGAGCAAUGCGGCCCCCAAGAAGGGCAGCGCCAGCCGGGGCUCUCUCAGGCGGGAGCUGCUGCAGCUGAAGGUUUCGGAUAAACUGAACCAGAUAAAAGGGUCCCGGACUCGGGCAGACUCGGAGGCCAGCGAGGAUGAGGGCGCCAGUGAUAUCCUCAGCCACUGCAGCAGCGCCAGUGAAAGCGUCAGCGUGGCCGAGGAGGGCAGCGACACCCAGGAUUUUACGUCUGCUCAGGAGCAGCGGGAGGACAAGCUGAAGGAAGACAUCGACCGUCUGACAGACAAGAGCGCAAAGACCCGAGUGACCGCCCUGAGCAGCCUGCGGCUCGCCCUGUCAUCUCAGGUCCUGGCCGACUUCAUCGCAGAGCGGCGAGUCACCCUGACGGACGCGCUGGAACGCUGUCUGAAAAAAGGGAAGGACGAGGAGCAGUCUCUGGCGGCCUCGGUGCUGUCUCUUCUCUGUGUGCAGCUGGGCUCUGGCUCUGAAGGUGAAGACGUCUUCCACAGUCUGAAGCCGCUCCUCAUCACCCUGCUGACGGACUCCAGCGCUGCGCCGCCGGCUCGGCAGAGUUGCGCCGCUGCUCUCGGUCUGUGCUGUUUCAUUGCUGCCGCUGAUGUAGAGGAUCUCCUCUCCUGUCUCAGCGUCCUGGAGGGAAUACUGACUCUGCUGUACUCGGAGAACAGCGGCGCCCCAGCAUCACAGCACGGUCUGGUCUGCUCUGCCAUCCAGUCCUGGGCACUGCUGCUCACCAUCUGCCCUGCCAGCCGGAUCCAGAAGACACUGGAGGGUCACCUCCCCCGCUUGUCUGGCGUCCUGGCCUGUGAGAGCGUCAGUCUCCGCAUUGCUGCUGGCGAGUCCCUCGCGCUCCUCUACGAGCUGGCCCGUGAUCUGGAUGAGGAUUUCUACUCUGAGGACACGGACGCGCUGUGCGUGACGCUGAAGCAGUUGGCCACCGACAGCAACAAGUACCGAGCGAAGAACGACCGCAGGAAGCAGCGUUCCAUCUUCCGGGACGUCCUGCACUACAUUGAGAGCAGCGAGUGCCAUGAGGAGACCAUCAAGUUUGGUUUAGAGGUGAUGUACGUGGACAGCUGGGCGCGCCGGAGGACGUACAGCACCUUCAAGGAGGCGCUGGGCUCAGGAGUGCGCCAUCACCUACAGCACAACGAGGUCCUCAGAGACAUCUUCUCCUUGGGGCCCCCGCUGGUCCUGGACGCCGCAGCAAUCAAAGCAAGUAAAAUCUCAAGAGUGGAGAAGCAUAUGUUCAACUCUGCCGCUUUCAAAGCCAGAACAAAAGCGCGGAGCCGGGUCCGAGACAAGCGAGCGGACGUCUUCUGAGCGCGCUGAUCCUCCGGGGCCGCCAGGUCCUUCACUGACUUCUUAUUUAAUAUCUCUGUGAUGCUGGUGCGAUGAUCUGCAGCCCAGAGCGUUGCGCCUUUCUGAUUAUAAAUGCCGCUGUCCUGGCGGACUGACCGGAUGGACGUUUUUAUGAAGACUUUUUUUUUUUUUUUUAAUUGAUCAAUUGGAAGAGAACAGACACUUCUGGGACCGUGCUCUGUCCUCACCACGGUGCUUUACACUGCAGCCUCCCUCUCUGCAGCAGUCACCACUGAGAGAGUCUAAUAGAGUUUAAAGGAAAAACAGGUUUUAAAGGGAACACGCUGCUUUUUAACCCUUUGUGGAUCGUCUCCUGCCGUUGCUGAUAUUUGAAGUCUUUUGGGUGGGUUUUAGCCGGGGGGGCGACGCUGUAUGUCUAUAGGUGACCCUCACCCAUAGUGCCGAGCGCAGCGGAGGAGAGGGGGGCUGCCUAUAGAACUAUUGGAGUUGCUAUGGGUUACAAUGUUUCCUUUUCUCUAUACUUUGUUUCUUGUAGUUCACCCUCCCCCGGAGGCAGGGCCCAGAAUUGCACCGAACCUGCGCUCCGUCGGCAAUCUGCUGCUGCGCCCCCUACAGGACGAGCUGCUCCGAUCACCAAAAGUCUGUGAUUGUGGCUUUGUCAUUUACCCUCCCCCGCCCCUUAAGUACCAGUGGCCGGGGCCUCCACCCAUAGAUGAGCCCUUUAGGGUGUCCCCUUUCUCUAAAUGGAAAAUUGUCACCCGAUCAACAUGACGUCAUCACGGCCGUGCAGGGGUGUGUGCCGAUCAUAUCCUCCGCCUGCAGAGAGGUGCGGAAUAUAUUUAUACAGCAGGGCUGCAGCUUCAGAGCUGGAAUCUGCCAGCACUCCCGACUUGUCUGCACAGAGCUGUCCCUGCUGAUUUGUAUUCUUCACCACAGUCAACUAACGGCCCCACGUGUAUUACAGGACGGGAGCUUAAUGCCAGAGCGCUGUGUACAGGAGCUUGCUGACUGUCUCCAGUAACAAUCAGCAGAACAGUGAGUGCAGCUCUGGAGUAUAAUGCAGGAUGUGACGGUAUUGUUAGUGCCUGAUGGCGGUUCUACCAGUACUGGUGCUCGGCGGUGACCGUUCUUCUAUAGGACCCCGCACAGAAUUCUUAGACAUCAGAAUGGUAUUUUUAAUAUUUGGGGGGGGGGGGGGGCUGCUAUUUUGAGAUCUUUUUAAGAGUUAGACUUAUUUAUUUUUGUACAGAUUUGAUGUGCUUCUCUUCCCGUGCGGUCGGAUGGUGCGGUCACAUUAGACUCUGGAUGAUUGGGGUUGUUAUCCUGUAAAGAGCAUUCCCUCCCCCCGGUGGUUUAUAAUUCCGUCGCUGUUCAUCCUUAUAGUUCUGCUCGGUUCCAGCUUCUGAGGAAAUCUCGGUGUCGGCUGCAGUGGCGGCCAUAGCAAUCACCCAGCUUUCCCAGAAAAGGAUGUAAUGAAGAAACUGCUGAGUGGAGGGAACGCCCCCAGGAUUUAUAUUACUGGGGAGCUGCGGGAAAUGCUCUUUAACCCUAUCCCACCGCCUUAGUCAUGUGACACCUCCGUCUUCACGUCAGUGCCUGGGGGCGUGGCCUUACUCUGGCCCCUCCCCUUCUGUCAUGGCUGCAUUGAUUUUAUACGGUCAAUUUAAUAUUAUUUUUGGUGACAAGCCAAAGAUGUCUGAUAAUAAAGAUGGAAAAAACAAAAACGCAAA